AUGCAGCCAAUACAGCCCGUCGGCGAGUACGACCUACACCGGAUACCACCUCCCUCAGGUCCCGGCGCGGGACCCCCACAACGGCCCGGGCAAUUCCGCGGAGGAGGCGGCCGACAGCGAGGAUCGAACUUGGGACCUCACGGAGGCAUACCCGCUAUAGUGAUCCCCGGGAUCGGGCAAUUGCCUCCCAUCCCGCCGCACGCGGUGAAAUUCAUCCGCAAAUUUGGGCCGUUGAUCUUGAUCAUCACGCUGCUGUUCGCCGUGCAGUACCUGCUCCUGUCGAUCUACAUGAACGUGCGGCGAAUCAAAUCCGACGUGAAGGAACAGUGCGCGUCGCUCCAGGCGGAUCUGAAUCUGACGGCGUGGGGCCACAUGGAGGGCGUGCGCAACGAGAACUGGCGGCAGCACCGCAUGGUGGGACGUGGCACGUACGGAUUGGUCCAAUGGUCCGCGUAUCGGAUUCAGGAGGGCGUGGUGGUGGGCGUAGGAUUCGGCGCGACGCUGCUGCGGCCUCACAGGAAGAUCACAUCAUGCACGUGGCAUGGGGCGGACGGGGUGACAAUACUGGGCGACCCAUCGCUGCACUACCCGCGGGACGAGCCGCACGAGCAGUACGAAACCAUCAUCAUCCGCUGCGACCUGCGCGGGAAGGUGGUUACCAACCUUGGCGGUUACCUCGUCGUCGGAAUCGACAACGAGCAUAUAAUCCUGUACCGGGAGGAUCGGGAUUCCCCGACCCACGCGCUGCUGUCCACGACCCACCCGUACCGAGCCUCUUUCUGCACGUACCCAAUUGCCGACCCUGUGGAUGGGGCGAGGCUGCGCGAUUGGCUGCAUGUGCACCGGGCAUACGGAGCGGAGCACGUGGUUGGGUAUGAUGCGGGCGGCGUGGACCGGGCGGCGCUGCGUGAAGUGAUGGAGUUUCUGGAGGAGAAGUUUCUGGAAGUGCUGCCGAUGAGGGAUGUUGUUCACUUCAGGGUGCAAGCGCAAGGCAAGCUCAUGGCGAUGCACGAUUGUCUCUACCGCUCCACACUCACCUCCUCGUGGGUCCUCUUCCUAGACUGGGACGACAUUCUCCACAUCAUCUCACCGCCCUCCCUCUCAGAGCUCCUCGACCAGCACCGCAAUGUGCCCUGGCUGUCCUAUGGCUGCCAAGUCUGGGGCACCAAACUGUGCAUGGGGACAAAGGUGAGCAGUCGCACCAAGGGUCUCAUGCCGCAGGAGAGGAUGCUGUGGCACUGGCCGCACUUCCUGUGCUCUGAGGGCGACCCUCCUGUGGAUGCUAACUUUUGCCCGGGGACCCGAGGGCACCGCUACAUCAUGGCCAAUACUGGCAAGGUGUUCCUGAUGGGGGAGAACGAGGUAGUGGAUCCAAGAACAGGCGGGGUAGACCUGUCAGUGGAGUUGGUGCGGCACGAGCGGUUCGAUAAAAUUCCCAAGAGGGCCUUAUCUAUCCUGUCACCCCUGUACUGCCCUCCCUGGCAGGUGUUCCUGAUGGGGGAGAACGAGGUGGUUGAUCCAAGAACAGGAGGCGUAGACCUGUCAGUGGAGUCGGUGCGGCACGAGCGGUUCGAGAACGUGCACAAGCGGGGCGCGGACAUGGAUUGGUGCUCGGAAGUGUAUGGGGAGAAGGAUACGGUUGAGUGGUGGGUGAAGGACGGGAUCAUGCAGACCCGCUUGGAGGUGAUUCGUAAGAAAGUGUAUUCCAAGGAGAAGAGAUGA